AUGGAUGCCAUCACUGAUUCGCCCGGAAAGUACUGGCCUGUAUCUCGCAAAUAUGAUCGAAUUAACCGUAAUUACAAGUUUCCUAAAAAACCUUGUCCCUUUCGAAUGAAAAAGUAUUACCCCGUCAUCAGGACUAGCGAUCCAGAUACUAAACGUCGUCUUGCAGCUAUGUGCGACUAUUAUCCAAAGGUGGAUUUGCAUGCACGUUCUGAUCAAGGAAUGCGAACAGUGAUCAAUGAUUUGCCUGAUGACGUAUUUCUGAUAAUAUUUCAAUAUUUUCAUCCGAUUCAGCUCAUCCAAUCUAUUUCAUUGGUUUGUCACCGUUGGCAUUACCUAGCAAAUAACCCCAUUCUAUUUACCGAGGUCCGAAUCUUAAUUGAUGGUGUUUCAAUACCAAGCGGAUGUGCCAAAAAUUUUCUACAAAAAAUUUCAAACCAUGCUAAAAAAAUUUGUUUAAUCAGUUCUUUCACUUCACCGUCAUCACAGAUUGACCAAUUAUUUGACUUAUGCUUGCCUAAGGUCACCUACCUCGAUCUUACCUCUUUAUUUGAUUUAGAAAUGAACUUUGCUCUGUUGAAGAAAAUUUCAACCUGUUUUCCAAAUGUUGAGACAUUACAUUUUAAUAAGAAUUCACUGCUAGAAGAAUACGAUGGAAUCUUGAAAAUGAUUUUCGAAGAUAAUAAAAUUUUUCCAAAGCUGCUAAAUUUUUUCAUAUAUAAUGAUGACCGAUCAUUUUCUGAUAAUUCUGCACUAUAUUCGCCUUGCUGUCGUCCUUUGAAUAUGCUAAAUCUGAUUUCUCUUUUCAGUUUAAAAAAACGAAAAAAUUAUUUCCCAUCCAAACUUAAGUGCUUAACACUUCGAAGUUUUCCUAUGCUGCAAACUUCUUUUCUAGAUUGUAUAGACGCAAGCUGUCCAGAAUUGCGAGCACUAGAUAUAGCAGGCAGUAAACUCGAUCAUGAGAAAAUCUUAUUCCACAUUAUAACUUGUUUUAGAAAUUUAAUGUAUUUGAAUCUAAGUGAUCUGGGAUCAGCUUAUACUAACAAAGUUUGGUGGAAAUUGGGGAAAAGUGAAGACAAAUUGCCAAAGUUGCGUUUCCUUAAGCUCCAUAAUAAUGAGAUAUGCAUGAAAGCUCUGAUGACCCUCAAUUUGAAACGUCCGAAAUUGCUGAUUACAGUCGAAAAAUUGUCCAUCAUUAACUGGACACUAACUGGAAAUGAUAUCACUUUUCACAAACAAUUUGAUGGCGAUCUGAAUGCACUAGAAUGUGACCUAUGCCAAAUUAAUGAGCUGAGAGCUGGUUUCAUGACAUCUGCACUUCCAUACUUACUAAAGUAA